GGCUGCACUGCCACGUUGCCAUGAAAGCAACACUUGAUAAUUCUUUGCAAGCUUGCAGACCUAUGUAGGGAACUGAUUUCUUAGCCAUGAAAGCGGUAUGUGACCUAGAGAAUUUUCUCGUUUCCUCCUCAGGAGUUUACUCUGCAUGUCUGCAUUGCUGAGGAAGAUUCCCGACAGCAUCCCUCAAGACAUUAGAAAAAUUAGAAUAGAAAACUCACACCUAACAGAAUUGCCUCGCGGGUCAUUUGCGAACAUUAGUGCCUUGGAGUAUCUCUGGCUCAAUUUCAACAACAUCACGGUGAUGCACAUGAAGAGCCUGGAGUACCUGCCUGCUCUGAAGGAGCUGCGUUUGCAAGGGAACAAAUUAAGUUCAGUGCCAUGGACAGCAUUUCAAGACACCCCAGCUCUGAAAAUUCUGGACCUGAAGCACAACCGGCUGGAUGUCCUUCCAGAACAUGCGCUCCGCUAUCUGUCCAACCUGACCUAUUUAGAUCUAUCCUCAAAUCAGCUUACUGUCAUAUCCAGGGAUGUCUUCUACAGCUGGCCUAUCUACCAGAGAAGCCAGAGGGCGGCAGGGCAGGGAGAAGCUAUUUCCAAUGUUGUUCUGGCCCUCCAUGACAACCCGUGGAUUUGUGACUGCCGCCUGAGGGGAUUUGUCCAGUUUAUCAAGUCAGUUGGCCCUCCUAUUAUUCUGAUGAAUUCUUAUUUAACUUGCUCAAGCCCGAAAUUCAGGGCAGGGAAGUUUUUUCAUGAAGUGGAGCUCAACAGCUGCAUGAAGCCGCAGACUUCAGCCCUUGACACCAACCUGACAGUCCCAGUGGGGCUGAACAUCACCCUGAGCUGCUUUGUGCAAGCCAGCCCUGCCCCGGCUGUCUGGUGGACCUAUGCACUCAAACUUCUAAGGGCAUUUAAUGGUAAGCAAAGCAAAACUUUUUUGUUUGUGAUUUCCACUCAGCCCAUCAGUGAGGAGACUGUCCGCUCUGACCUGGUGAUCCCAGCCGUACGACCUGCAGAUGCAGGCAACUACACCUGCACAGCCGCCAACUUCUUGGGCAACGCCUCAGUGGCUAUCAUGCUCCACGUGGGUACCCCACCAGCCUUUGCCACACAGCCAGGCUGGGCCGCUGCCGCCCCUGUUGAGCCAGGCUCCCAUGUGGAGGUGCGUAUUGCCAAGCAAACAGUCUAUGGCAUCACUCUGGAGUGGUUUGCAGCGGCGGCAGUGGCAGAGCCAGGGGAGAUCUGGUACACGCUGCUGGUGGGCCGCUACGACACUGCACAGAAGGACGCCAUCUAUAUUGGCCCAGGUGUCAACACUUAUUCUGUGACCGACCUGCUGCCCGCCACCAAGUAUGAAGUCUGCGUGGCUGUCCGCAACCAAGCACCCCGCAAGGGCCAGUGUGUCGUCUUUGUAACAGGCAGUGACGUCAGCCAGAUGGAGCAGCGCGAGAAGCUCAUCCACAUUGUUGUCAUCGUCUGCGCCAUGGUGUUGGCUGUGCCUGCCGGCAUGUACGCCUGCACUGCCGAGGCCCGUCCUGGCUGCCUGGCCCGCUGCCCCGCUGCCUGGCCCCGCCGCCGCCGUGCAGACAAGCCACCGGGUGCUGGCAGCAAGGAGAGCACACUGGACAGCCUGCCUGGUGGCAGUCAGGAUGGACUCUGCCGUCCUGAUGUUGGUCGUGGUGCCCGGCGGCCCCCAGCACGAGAGGAGCCCGAGCGCCCUGGCAAGACCCGGCUUCCCCACCGGAACAGCGCUGACCUCUAUUAGCACAGCCCCCGCCCCAACCAUCCCUGUGGCUGCAUGGUCUGGUGAAUGGUCUCCAUCCUGCUGGCUUUCUUGAGAAGGAGCAGUGAAAAUCCACAGAUGGCACAGAUGUGGGGCAAGAUGGAGCAUACAGCCAGGAUCUCCAUUGGGCUCAAUGUCCCAGGACUAUGGGGCAUGCACCCCAGGCUGCCCAGCACUGCUACGGAGCUACAUGCAUUGGCACACACACACAUUGAAAUGCACUCUAUCAACCCAACAAACUACAUAGCAAAAAGUAUUUUGCAGUCACUUCUUCAGAAAUGUUUUAAAGCCACAGUGUGACUGCUUUAAUCUGUCAUGCAAAGAAAAAAACGUUAAGCAAAUCACAGACCCAACAGCUCAGUAGAAGCGCGUGCAGUGACAGGCCAGAGCUGCCUGCUCUUCUCCAAAUAAACAUCUUUUUUUUUUUGUUUCUUUCUUUUAAGUAUUUUUGUUAUUGUUUCCUUACUUUUCCCACCCAGGUCCUGGUGUGGACUUCUGAUGGCUGCCAAGUGGAAAAGUAAGAAGGUGCUGGUGUGGUUUGGGGGGUGCUUUUUUGUGUGUUUUGAGUUUACCUUUGUUUAUUUUCUUACUCAUAAGAACCAGCAUAAUGUGGCAGCAGUGCAGGCUUUUACUUGUUUUCUGGUGGGAAUGUUGUAUGUAAUGUGGAGGGCAGGAACAUUUACUUGUGUCUAAAACAUGAGUAGUAGAUGAGCAGUUUAGUUUCCUGCAUAACCAUUCUUUUACAUAACAAAACCCUGCAUAUCUAAUGCUAUUUGUUACACGUGUGGUGUGAAUUAAGCUAAGCUUCCUCUGUGUAUGUUCUGUGCUGUCCAAAUUCAGGCCCCAUUUCCCUCUGCAGCACCUCUACCUUCACGGAUCCUAUACACGGAUGUGCUGUGUCAAUGCUGACUUUUG